GGAAGCUGGGAGAAAAGAAUUUUGAAGAGCUUAAAUAGUAUGUGCACUGAACUCAGUAUUCCACUGGCACGAAAGAGGCCAGUUGCAGAACAGAAAGAACUUCUCAAUAAAUGGAAUGAAAUGGGAACAGAUGAACCAGAUCUAAGCCUUUUCAGACCUGUUUACGCCCCUAAGGAUUUCCUUGAGGUAUUAAUUAAUCUUCGCAACCCAAAUUAUGAAAAUGGUGAUUCUCUUAGUUUCAGGACUCAUUUGGGUUUAAUCCAAGUUCCUCUGAAAGUAAAAGACAUCCCUGAAUUGAAAGAAUUCUUUGUAGAACUUGGCUUAAAUACAGGACAACUGGGUAUAGAUGAUUCUACACAAGUGCCUCCUGAGCUUUUUGAAAAUGAGCAUGUGCGUAUAGGGCAAAAAGGAAAUGUAGGAUCAGACAUCAUGCUGCCAAGAGAGCUACAUGCAAUAGAUAUUCCCUUGCUCCAGAGACCUUGUCCCACAAAUCUCACUUGUUUGGGAGAAUGUCUUCCAAAAGUAUCUGACAGAUUGGAUGUCUUGUAUUAUGAGCAGCUCAAGACCAAUGUGAUCCAACAUGACCUUUUGGUGGACAGUCUAAUAUAUAAAGAUGUCAAGUUGACAGCAAGCAAUGAUGAUUAUUAUUUUGUAUUUGAAGAUUAUUUAUAUCAGGUAUUACUUUGUUUUUCCCGGGAUACAUCUGUGUUGGGUCACUUUGCAUACAACAGUGCUUCACCACCAAAAUCAUACAUAAGAGGAAAACUAGGACUGGAAGAAUAUGCAGUCUUUUAUCCACCAAAUGGUGUAAUCCCUUUUCACGGAUUUUCAAUGUAUGUUGCACCACUGUGUUUUCUAUACCAUGAACCUUCCAAAUUGUAUCGGAUAUUCCGUGAGAUGUACGUGCGUUUCUUCUUCAGACUCCAUUCCAUCUCUUCACAUCCUUCUGGUAUCGUGUCACUGUGUUUGCUGUUUGAAACUCUUCUUCAAACAUACCUUCCCCAACUCUUUUAUCAUCUACGAGAAAUCGGGGCUCAACCACUUCGCAUAUCAUUUAAGUGGAUGGUUCGAGCUUUCUCUGGAUACUUAGCUACGGAUCAACUUUUGCUUUUGUGGGAUAGAAUCUUAGGAUACAACUCUUUGGAAAUCCUUGCUGUCCUGGCAGCUGCCGUGUUUGCUUUCCGAGCAGUGAACCUGAUGGAGGUGACAUCACUGGCUGCAGCUGAAGCAGUGCUUGCUGACCUUUCCACUUUAAAAGUUAUGCCUCUUCUUCAAAUUUUUCUGUUUGCUACUGUCACCUGA